CCUGGCCUCAUAGUAUCACCAUGCGCCGAGGUGGUUUGUGCGGAGAGUUGGCACAAUGCUGUCGCACUUCACACCAGCAAAAUUUCGAGAGAAGAUGUUGAACAAGUGCCACGGGGCUCCCAUCGACGUCGUCUCGCUCGGAGUGUGAUUCGUAAGCCGCCAACUUCUCCAUAAGGUGAACGUGGCGAAUAAUGCUCAAACGAACCCAUCGAUUCAUGGCAUGGCCUGGCCAAACACUGCUGGCGGUGUUGAAUGGCACAGUUGCCGGCAGGUUUGAUUCGCUUUUGCUCGUCAUUUGCCGCACCACGCGUGUGUGCCUGCCAGCUAUAGAAGAAAGGUUUCCAUCCCAUCGCAAUCGCCACCGUCAAAAUUGCACGACGGGAGGUAGCACACAGCGUCGCAUCGGUAAUCGUGGAUCAAACGAGAUAAGCAUUGCCGCGCGCACUUGGGGCGACAUGCGGGUGCUACGGCGGCGGAACUGUUGCAGCAAGGGGUGUCGUCCAGCACGACUGUUCCCGCCGCGAUCGCUCCCGUUUCAAUCACCCACGAUGGAGGGCAGUCGUGCAGCGGAUUCGAACUCAGUUCCAGCGUCGCUCCAACACGGACGAGGUCCCACGGCCCGAGCUCGAGGAGAUUCGCGCUAAGAUCAAUCCACUUGAGCCCGUGCAUGUGGCGUAUCAAUUCCACCUGCCACCGCGUCGAAAUGGACGAGAUGCGAUUCCCACGUAGUUCCAGCCACGAGAGUUGGAGCAUGUUGGUGAUGUUCAUGGACACUUCGGUAAUGAGCAGGUUCGAUAGCGACAGCGACGACACGUUCACCCAAGCUUGGAAAAAGCGGUCGGGGAUCGAGUCGAUGGGGGAUCCUUCGAGCCGAAGGAAGACAAGCUCGCGUGGCGCGACCGCGAGGAAAUCGGGCACUUCCGUAAGCGCACUGCUGCGGAUGUGAAAC